AUGCGGUUCAACGCAGCCAUUGCUCCAGCUCUCUACGCUUCGGCUCUCCUCGCCGGCAGCACCUUGGCGCAGGAAGAUGCUGAGCCAUCCUCCAGUGUGAUUGAGAAACCCACCUUCACUCCCACAACCCUGAAAGCUCCCUUCCUAGAACAAUUCACCGACGAUUGGGACUCAAGAUGGACCCCUUCACACGCCAAGAAACAAGACUCCAAGAGCGAUGAGGAUUGGGCGUAUGUCGGUGAAUGGGCUGUUGAAGAACCCACGGUCCUUCCUGGAAUUGCCGGUGACAAGAGUUUGGUGGUCAAGAAUGCGGCGGCGCACCAUGCUAUUUCCGCCAAAUUCCCCUCCGUCAUCAACAACAAGGGCAAGACUCUUGUCAUUCAGUAUGAGGUCAAGCUCCAGAACGGAUUAGAAUGCGGUGGUGCAUAUAUGAAAUUGCUGCGCGAGAACAAGGCCCUCCACGCUGAGGAAUUUUCCAAUGCAUCUCCCUACGUUAUCAUGUUUGGUCCCGAUAAAUGCGGAGCCACGAACAAGGUCCACUUCAUCUUCCAGCACAAGAACCCCAAGACGGGUGAAUAUGAAGAGAAGCAUCUCAAGAGUGCCCCUCAGGCCAAGACCGGCAAACUCACCACUCUGUACACUCUUAUCGUCAAGCCCGACAACACCUUCGAGAUGCUCAUUGACAACAAAUCGGCAAAGAAUGGGAGUCUCCUCGAAGAUUUCUCCCCGGCAGUCAAUCCUCCCAAGGAGAUCGACGAUCCAAAGGACAAGAAACCCGAUGACUGGGUUGAACAGGCUCGUAUCCCCGACCCUGAAGCCAAGAAGCCAGAAGACUGGGAUGAGGAUCAGCCAUUUGAAAUUGUUGAUGAAGAAGCUGAGAAGCCUGAUGAUUGGCUCGAUGAUGAACCCACCACGGUUCCGGACCCCGAGGCCGAGAAGCCAGAAGAUUGGGAUGAUGAAGAGGAUGGUGACUGGAUUCCUCCACAGGUUCCCAACCCCAAGUGCGAAGAUGUAUCGGGCUGUGGCAAGUGGGAACCUCCCAUGAAGAAGAACCCACUGUACAAGGGCAAAUGGAGCGCACCAUAUAUCGACAACCCAGAUUAUAAGGGACCAUGGGCACCACGGAAGAUUCCUAACCCAGACUACUUCGAAGAUAAGACUCCAGCCAACUUCGAGCCAAUGGGAGCUAUCGGUUUUGAGAUCUGGACCAUGCAAUCCGACAUUUCCUUUGAUAACAUCUACAUUGGUCACUCCGUCGAAGACGCCGCUGCUUUCCGAGAAGAGACUUACGACAUCAAGCGACCUCUUGAAGAAGCUGAAGACGCCAAGAACAAGCCUAAGCCGGAGGACCUGCCUAAGUCACCUUCCGAUAUCAGCUUGAUGGACGACCCGGUCACUUUCGUCAAGGAGAAGCUUGAGCUCUUCAUUCCCCUCGCCCAGAAAGAUCCUAUCGAAGCUAUUCAGCUCAUGCCCGAGGUCGCUGGUGGUAUUGGCGGUGUUCUCGCUCUGCUCAUCGCCAUUAUUGUCGGCCUGUUCAGCCUUGGUGGCUCAUCUGCUCCCAGCAAAGAGGACAUCAAGAAGACUGCCCAGAAAGCCAAGGAGCCUGCCACGGAUGCAAAGGACAAGAUUGAUGAAGCUAGCACCAGCGGUGCAGAUGCUGUUCAGACUGAAGUCAACAAGAGGACCACUCGCUCCAGCGGGGCCGCGGAGUAA